AUGCUCCGGCCGUCGUUAGUUUGCCUCCUGGGAGCAAUUUCAGCGGCUCGACUGUUUGUGCAGCGGCGGGCGUUAUCUUCUUCAUUUCGUGUGAUGCGUGGCCUUGGCAAUCCCAAUGGAUGCCAUCAGGUGGAACGCGUUGUUGGGGGCGCCAAUUGUUCCACGUGGACGUCCAAGCGCUUUCUUUUAGUUGAGACGAGUGAGACGCCGAAUCCCGAUUGUCUGCGUUUCUACUCGAUGGAGUUGUCAUUUCUGAAACCCGGUUUCUCAAUGGACUUUCCGAAUGCUGGGCACGCUUACAAGUCACCCCUGGCGGAGAUAUUGUUUAGCAUCGAUGGGGUAGAAGCUGUGUACAUUGCUGAUGAGUACAUCACGGUAAGAAAAGGUCAUCUUGUGGAUUGGGAUUCCAUUCUGCCGAUGAUAAAAGAGAGUAUAGCCGAGUUUGCGGAGAGCAAGGUGAACAUUCUUUCCGAAGAAGGAGAAGAGCUUCUUUCAGGACACAAUGAAGACACCGAACCCAAAGAUGACGAUGACGAGGUGAUUCUAGCUGUCAAGGAAUUGCUUGCCACACGCAUACGGCCCAUGCUGCAGGCUGACGGCGGGAACGUGCGCUAUUUGGACAUGGACGACGGCACGGUAUUUGUGUUGCUGGAAGGUGCGUGUAAAUCGUGCCCGUCCGCUAGCGUGACGCUUAAAAAUGGCAUUGAGCGCAUGCUUAUGCACUGGAUACCGGAGGUGGUGGAGGUCCAGGAGUGCACGGAGGAGAUGGCGGAUGAUAUUUUGGCAGAGAAGGCUCUACGGAAAAAGAUGAAAGACGAUGGCGUCACAAUUUCUGCCAAGUGA